AUGUCUGAAGACUACUUAGCAAAAUCUGGCGCUAAGGAUAUGAUAGCGACGGCAAUUGCCGAGGUGUUGACGCUGAGACCUCGUGUCCCUGUGGCUUUCCUCGCUUCUCACUUUCAAGGUCUAGUUACCAACAAGUCUGCGUCCGUGGUCUCGUAUCUGCGUGUCUGUCACCCUAGCAGCCCGUCGUUUCCGUCAGCUGUCGAAAAAGCCUUCCAUGACCUUGCAACUAUGGAAGCGACACCAACACCUACUCUAUUGACCACUACUCCGCCUCAGCGGGCAACUUCGGCAGGACCCACUUCGUCCCGGAAAAUUCGAGCAGGUGGUCCUGCCACCAUUAGCGAGACUUCAUUUCAACAACUUUUACAGCAGCUUAGCGCGGACUUUCCAAAGCCUCUGCAAACUAAACUACUUGAAGCUGCACUCUCGUCUGGAAUUACGACUGACACACCGAACAAUCAAAGUGUGGGUUUAACACGAUUUCGCCGAGGUGUACAAGUGUGUCUCCUCACGGAAGAGCUCAUUGAUGCAGCCACUUUGCUGUUCCAAGGGUUGCAGGCCAACCAUUCUGACCCUGAUGGAGUCUCGGGAGUGGAUUCGGACACGUUGAUGAAUGUUCUGCAGUCAGCUGCAUCGCAGUUCUCACGUGAACGUAUAGCAGAACUGAUACCACUGCUUGUUCGAUCCACAAGUCGACACUUGUUGCAACUAUCCGACGUCUUCAACCUGCUUUUCGGUCUAGUCCUCGAACAAUCUGUAUGA